AUGGACGACACCGGCGGGCCGGACGACGCGGCGGCGCUUGGCGGCCCGUGCCCCGGCCUGGCCCCGGCCCCUCCCGGCCGCCUGGGGGCGCCAUACUGCGAGGCCUGGGGCUACUUUCAUCUGGCCCCCGCGCGCCCGGGCCACGCCGCGGGCCAGUGGGCCACCUGCCGGCUGUGCGGGGAGCAGGUGAGCCGCGGCCCGGGCUUCCAAGCGGGCACCCCGGCGCUGUGGAGGCACCUCAAGAGCGCGCACCGGCGGGAGCUGGAGAAGAGCUCCGCCUGCCGCUCGCCGCCCGCCCCCCCCUGCCCGCCGCCGCCCGGGCCCGCCGUGGCCAACGUGGCCGCCGAGGGCGACUGGGCGCGCCUGCUGGAGCAGAUGGGCGCGCUGGCCGUGCGCUGCAGCCUGCGUGAGCGCGAGCUGGCGCGGCGCGAGGCGGCGGUGGAGCAGGGCGAGCGCGCCCUGGAGCGGAGGCGCAGGGCCCUGCAGGAGGAGGAACGCGCGGCGGCCCAGGCGCGGCGAGAGCUGCAGGCCGAGAGGGAGGCGCUGCAGGCGCGGCUGCGGGAAGUGAGCCGCCGCGAAGGUGCCUUAGCCGCCGCCUCUGCCCCGCUGCAGACUCCGCUCAAAAAAGAGCCCGAGGGGGAGAGGGACGGCUUCAUAAUCACCAAGGUCUUCUUGUAG